AUGCUCCAAACGACAGGCGAUAAGGGGCCAUCAUCAUUGGAGGAAUUGGUACGCACUGCAGCUACAUCUUCAUCGACAGGAAAUGAGGCACAGCCGAAUAAAGGUGGGCGCCGUAAAUCGUCGACAAGCCAGCUGUGUUGUGUCGUCUGCCGUGAUCAAGCAUUCGGAAAACAUUAUGGAGUGAAUGCAUGCAAUGGAUGCAAAGGAUUCUUCCGGCGAUCCGUGUGGAACAAUCGGCAAUAUAUCUGCCGAUUCGACGGCCGAUGCGCCAUCGCAAAAGAGCACCGUAACGUCUGUCGUGCCUGCCGACUGAAGCAAUGUUUUCUGGCCGGCAUGAACCCACGGGCUGUACAGAGUGAAAGGGAAAAAGCACAAGGAGGAGGAGGUGGAGGAGCAGCAACAUCACUCCUUGAUUCAAAUAUUGAUCCACAGGAUGAUGAUGAAUUGAGCCGUAUGUCGCCGGUAAAGACGUGCGAUUCUGAGGCUCAAACGGAAGGAGGUGGAGCUGGUGGGGGAGCGGCAGGGGAAGAGACGAUCAGUUCUGAAGAUGAACAACAUCACCAAGACGUUCAUCCACAGCCCGAAGUCGAUUUUGUCAAAGCCGCCUCCGCUGUAGUGCGAGUAACACGAGAAGUAUUGUCUCGUAGUGAUUCCCCUCCCUACGGUACUUCAUGUCAAUCUGCAUCUGUCUCUUUCUCGAAUGCUUUCUUCAAUCCAACACUCAUCUCUCCCAGGACGCCUGUGACACCAACUGGAGAGAGAGUCGCCGAAUUUGUUGAUGUCGUGCAGGAUUGGAGGAGGAAUUUCACACUUUUCGCCGAUUGGCUGCAUGCGCUGCCAGAGUUUAACGUAUUGAAUGUAUCGGAUCAGUUGGAAGUGGCGAAGAACCGUUUCAACCCGUUCUAUUGGUGGUUAUGUGGUAAUUGGACAGUGGCUGCUGGCUGUGAUGGUGUCUGUUAUGCUAAUGGAUCAUAUUUCCCCAGGGACGAGAAGAUACAGUGUGUCCCGGAUGUCAGGGGCGCCUCGGAGCGAAUGAUGACAUCCCUGGUGGAACCCCUGGCCGAGCUGGAAUUGGAUGAGACGGAACAAUGUCUCAUGCUCGCCAUUAUCGUCUUUUCUGAAGAGCUGGUUCUAUCCCCUGAGGGCCGAGAACACGUCAAGGCGACCGGCAAUCGAUACGUUCGGCUUUUGCAUCACCAUAUUGGCCAUAAAAUGCCAAAGGAGUCGGACAACACGAGUGCCGUCGCGCUGCGAAUUGCCCGAAUAAUGCUGCUCGUCUCGGCACUGACGAACCUUGUGUACCUGACGUCAGACACAAUCCAACUACAAGAUGUAUUGCAUAUCGUGAAUUGGGAGAGUUUGCCAUGGACACAAGAUGUUAUUAGAGCGCCCACUGCACAACCUGUACACGACACUACUAUGGACGGACAGAAUACCAAGAAGAAUACUACCGUAGAACUCACCACUCCUAUUAACGGA